AUGGCACAUGUCUUUGAUCAGGAGUCACCUGAGGUCCAGGUCCUUGCCUACGUUAUCAGCCGCUUCGCGGUGCAUACCGAGGCCCAGGUGUUGCACCCAGCGGCUAUGCUGGAUCUCAGGGCUCAGCUUCGGUUUUUGGUUUCCGAGGGUCGGAAUGUGGAUGCAGCCAGGCUGUGGGCAUCAGCCCUCGAGAUCCAACAUUACCCUCCUCCCCCUCCACUGCUCGACGGAUUACCUGCAGGUCUGCCACCUAUCCGCACGGUCCCGUGUGUCGUCAUGGACUGUGCCCGGUGCGCCCAGAGCCGUGGAGGGUUCCAGCUGCCUUUUGUGGGUACAUUCACACAUGCAGCAGCGAUUGUCCGCCCAGGGAGUGACCCGGCUCAAGCGUGGAGUGCUUACCAUGCAUGCCGCUCCUAUUUGUCGCCGGGCGACAUCACGGCCCUUCAUUCGGGCCUUUGGCCUACCGACUUGCUGCCGAACCACCUCUACGCGCUCUUUUCUCGGGUGGCAGAACAGACCCACCCUCGGGCAGCCAGCUCAGCCGAGCUCUGGAUCGUUUUCCGACGGUGGCAAGCUGGGAGGAGGGUGUGGAUCGAGCCCGGAGUCGAGGUCCCUUCUUGGGAGGCUGCCCGGGAGGAUGAAAGAUCACGGGCGCAUAGGACCAUCUGGCUGUGGCUUGGGGCCGUGGCUUACGGGCCGGGACUAUUGCCAGCAGCCUGCCACAGCUGCGGGGUGCCAACGGUCUUCCGCUGUCGGCGGUGUGACGCAGCGGCUUGUGGAGACUGCCUGGACCGCUGCAUUCGGAGUGGACCUGGGGCUGUCUUCGGCGGUGGCGACCCGCCCGGUCUUGAGUCGCACUCCUGCUCUGCUUCUGCCGUUGCCCGGCCUUCGCGAUCAUCUUCCACGGCGGCAGGAGAUGGCGAUAGCCAGCCCGGCCCGUCUUCCGGACUCUUCGGGGAGGGUACCCCGGUAGAGGUCCGAGUGGAGGCUUGGCGCCGCGCCUUUGGCCUGGCCGACGACGAGGAGUUCGCCUACGUCUUUAUGUCGGCGGAAGAGGCACAGAGGCAAGCUGGAGCAGAAAUCGCAGCCAAAUGGCGCGAAGUCCGCGAGCGAGUGGACGAGGGCAAGGCUCUGGCUUUCGCACACGAGGCAGCCCAAGCCGGAGCGGCAGCGGCCGGCGAGACUCCAGAAGGUGGCUCCACGGCUCGGGGCUCGGGCAGCUCCCCUGCCCCGAAGAUCAAAGCUAUGCCCAAGGCCUUCAGGACCCCGCCGGCGCCGGACCCCACAGAGGCUGAGAACCAGGCGGUCUUCGACAAUUUGGCGGGCAGGCGGUCCCGGGAGGAAGAGUGGCUCCGCAUCUUGAGUGCAAUCGCACGCACGCUCUUGGCGGGCCACAACGUAUUACUCCACUGUUUGGCGGGCCGGCACAGAGCCGCGACUACCGGCGUCGCAUGCCGGGCGGUGUUGGCAGGCGAGACCCAGGAGGAGGCGAACCAGGCGAUCCUGAGGGUGAGACAGAUCGAGGUGGAUCGCGCUAUCCAGCAAGACCGCAGCCUGGGUUCGUGGUUGGCCGGGGCCGUGCGUAACACACGUGUCCCCCCAACACCUGUGCAGCCACGCGGAUAUAUCGCCACUGCGAGCUCGCACCUCCACCUCGAGUCCCCGGAGGAAGGCGUUCCUAUCUGCAAGCACAAGCAGGGUAUUGAGAGGCGCCGGUUGGCCAACCCGCAGCGCACGACUAGCAAGCUAGAGGCCAUCGGAUGGGAGCGACCCAUCUGCGAGGGCUGCUUUUCACGAGCAUCCUCCAAGUAUUUUCCGGUAUAG